GGUGUAUGUUUUCUCUUGCAGGCAGAAAAACUUCUUCAUUUCUAUUUGUGCAUCUCUGAGCAGGGGGAAAGCCAUGGAUAAGGAGAAGUUCCAGCAGAAGGCUCUGAAACAAACUAAGCAGAAGAAAUCCAAGUCGGCUGAAUUUCUGAUGGGAAAAGAUGGGAGAGUUGCAGCAGAAGGCAUUGCAAAUCCAGCUUUUAACAUCAGCAGCACAGAUCUUUCAGCAUAUCAGGCUUCAGAGGAGGAAGUUAUUAGACGUGACAAGCCGGGUAGCACCCUUGCAGCUCACCAACAAAAACUCAGGCUGCAAGCCCAAGCUGAACCAAGAGGAAAUGAAUGCAGCAGAAAUUACUUUGACCCUCCGAUGGAUGAGGAAAUAAACCCAAGGCAGUGUGGGAUGGAGGUCAGCAAAGAAGUGCCUGUGAAGUUGGAUGAGAAACUCCUCUAUGACAAACUGAUGACUCUUCUAGAUGAAGAGAAUAGAAUUCUGGUGCCACAUGAAAAACCAGAUGAAGACACUUUAGAUUCUGUGUGGCCUGCUGGCUUUACCAAGACAAGUGGACUUUGUGAGGAAGGUGACGAGGAAGAGACUCACCCUUACAUUGAGCAGUUUGAGAAGAGUGUUCAGGAUGAGAUGAUUCUCCUUGACAACUUUCCACAGAAACAGGGUUUAAAACAUAAAGGCGUUUUCCAGUACACAGAGGAGUUCAGAAGGAGGCUUCCCAAAAUCUUUCGAAGCAUGGAAGAAAGUCGGGCGUUGAAAGCAGCACCGUAUGAAGGGACUGCAGCCAAGUCUAGUAACCUUGCAGGACUGAAUAAUGGAUCUAAUGGAGCAGCAGGUCUUUGCUGGGAGAUUGACUGGUCUCAAAAACCUCAGCCCAUUCAGAUCCAGCUGAAAUGCUUACGUGGUGUUAAAGACAAAGUGCCACAAGGCAGCUACGUUCUCAAGGUUUCCCUCCGCGGACAGCUUGGUGGUAAAGUGCUUGACUGGUCUAAGGCAGAGGGUCAGCAGUGGGCUGGAACCACACUGCCCGUCAGACACCAUGGGAACUUCUAUGAUGUGGAGAUCUGUUUUGACCAAAGUGUACACACAGAGGUUCCAGCCAGAAAGGAUGGGACGCCUGGAGAGAUACUUCUCUUUGAACUCUUUCUCCUUCGCGGGACCAAUACUUGCAUUGACCGAGUUGUGGGCUGGGGAGCAUUUCCUUUGUGUAAUAACAAUUUGGACACCGUGGAUGGGAAGUUUAAGUGUCCUUUCCUCAGAGGCCACUACAACUCUAAAAUUGAUAGGUUCCAAAAAAUUGAACAAUGGAUUUCUUCUGACUUGGAUCACUGGCUGUGCAACCUCUAUUUCCAGAUAAUUAAACUACCACGGUAUUCAGAUGAGCAGAACAAAUAUGAGGCAGCCCUACAGCUCUCUUCAGACCUUGCAUAUUCAAGCAUUGCUGAGAAGGAUAGAGUCUUGAAGAAGGAAACAACAGGCGGACUACAAGAUAAUGGACUAAAAAGUUCAUGCCUACCACACUGCCACUCAAUAUGUUCUUUUGCCUCACUUCAAGGGCGACCUUUGACCUCUCCGAGAGAUUCUGACACCCAUAAGGGAAGUAUUCCCACUGUUGAAAAGGAAGUGGGAAAGCAGUUUAAUGGUGCAGAAGGUUGGGAACGGUGCGUGUCAAAAGAAACUCGGACGAAAAGAAAGGACCAGCUCUUGAAAUGUUUCCAGCAGGCAGGCGAAGCCACGGACAAGUUUAAAUCAAAUGUGAAGGAUCAAACAGAGCCCUGCAGAAAAGGAAAUGAGCCAUAUCCAAUCAACUCUGGUUCAUCUGAUAAGAAUUGUGAUCUGGUCCCAGUGAAGGAAGCUCAUGGUAUAUAUAGCAAGAUGAGCCAGGAUGAUCCGAGCAAUGUGUGUGGCCAAGGAAGUCCUGGGAUCGGACUAGAUGAACCAGCUUUCCGUGUAACAUCUUAUCUGGAGGAGUUAGAGAAACACAGAUUCUCCGUAUGCUGCCAUCCUGCGGUUGAAACCAGAGUGUCCACAAGCAUCACAAAGCACCUCUACUUUGGUGUAUAUGCCAUCCUUUCUGAACUUGGAAGGGGACACUGGUAUUCCUGGGAUCUGUGGUCUAUUAUGCUGCUAGUAGUUUUGCUCUGGUUUGCCCGACUGUAUCUUCAUUAUUUCAGCCAGUGGGUCUUACUUCACGCUAUUUCAGUUCCUGUCACGAAAUUCCAGUUCUAUCCUCAUACGGUGGAUUUGUGCUACCAGAACUCUUUGGUACACACUAGUGAAGAGUUGGCCAUGAUUGUGGUGGGACCUUUGACCUUGAACACAGUGAUGCUUCUUAUGGUUCUGAUGAGAUGGGGCUGUCAGCUGUUGUUUGGCUCAUUCCCUUCUUACUUGUCAAAGCUGAUCAUUGCUUGGGGACUGUGGACAAUGCUAGACCCUUUGGCAGUGUUUGUAGUGGAUGCCUUCCUGGGGCGUCUUCACUAUGCUCCAGGCAAACCCAUUGCUGACUGUGCGAAGAUGUACUGGCUUUUUUUAAGAAUAGAAGAAUCUGGCAUUCUGGGCAUAUUGAUUACCCUACUGCUUUACACAAUGCUGUUUCUCAUUUCGUCUACAUCCCUCUACCUGUAUUUAAUGAGGAUGCACAAUGAAGGCUGGUUAUUGGAUAUAUUCAAAAGGAUUCAGAGUGAUGAGGCAACUUUAUUUGUUCCAUUUGACUUGGAAAUCUCCAACCAAGAGUUGAGCUACAUUGUGAAAAAGGCAGAACAGUGGAGAGGAAUCAAUGGUGAAAAACGAAAAGUCAUCGUCUGUGAUUAUAUCUGGAAAGACCAUGCCAAUAAGUCUGGUGUCACGAGUACUGGCCUCCAUCUCCCCAAUGAAAUCUUGAAAUCUAUCGGAAGCUCAGGAGCAGUCACUGUCCAUGUAUCUAUAUACACAGUUCAUCUUGGGGGCUUCCAAGAACUGUACAGGCACUUCCUUAGACUUCCUAGUGGUGCUAUUGUAGAGGCAUUUGGUGACAUUAGUGGAAUAAAUUUCAUACGCAAUGAAGGGGGUGCCUUUGUACAGGAGCACAUAAGUGAAACAGAUAAUGCACUGGGAAUUUCAUCUGAGAACAAGCUAAGGGAAAGAAGAAAAGAAUACAGGUAUUACUUUCAGUGA